AUGAUUUCCGGUUGUGAGUGAGUCGUGUACACUCCCAACUACACAAAACUGUCAAAUACUAUUUUUUUUUAUCAAAGUUGGAAUUAAUUUGAGACAAGAUGUUGCGGUGGUUAUCUGGGGACGACAAGCGUCGUAAGGAGCCGGAGGUUUUUGACACUGUGGCUGAAGGUUUGAAGAAAAUUUAUAGACAAAAGUUGCUUCCACUAGAAGAAACUUACAGAUUUCAUGAUUUCCAUUCACCAAAGCUUGAUGAUCCCGAUUUUGAUGCUAAACCAAUGAUUUUACUUAUUGGUCAGUAUUCCACUGGUAAAACAACUUUUAUUAGGUAUCUUUUGGAGCAAGACUUUCCAGGUAUACGUAUAGGUCCAGAACCAACAACUGACCGGUUCAUUGCUGUAAUGGGAGGAGAUCAGGACGGUGUUAUUCCAGGUAACGCCGCAGUUGUAGAUCCAUCUAAACAAUUCCGACCAUUAACUAAAUUUGGGAAUGCGUUUCUUAACCGGUUCCAGUGUUCUACAGUGCAUAACCAAGUAUUGGACAGUAUCACUAUUGUAGACACUCCAGGCAUUUUGUCCGGUGAAAAACAAAGGGUCGAUCGUGGAUAUGACUUUCCUGGUGUCUUGGAAUGGUUUGCGGAAAGAGUUGAUAGAAUUAUUCUCUUGUUUGAUGCACACAAGUUAGAUAUAUCUGAUGAAUUCCAUCGUGCUAUUGAUGCUAUUAAAGGAUAUGAUGAUAAGAUAAGGAUAGUCUUAAAUAAAGCUGAUGGUGUUGACCAUCAACAGUUGAUGAGAGUUUAUGGUGCCUUAAUGUGGUCACUAGGCAAAGUUUUAAAUACUCCAGAGGUUGCACGGGUCUACAUAGGCUCAUUCUGGGACCAUCCCUUACAGCAUGAUAUGAAUAGAAAACUCUUUGAGCUGGAAGAAAAAGAUUUGUUCAGUGAUCUUCAAAGUCUUCCAAGAAAUGCGGCAUUGCGGAAACUGAAUGACUUGAUUAAGAGGGCAAGACUUGCAAAGGUUCAUGCCUAUAUCAUCAGUGCUCUGAAGAAAGACAUGCCUUCCAUGUUUGGAAAAGAUUCAAAGAAGAAAGAAUUGAUCAAGCAACUGGGCGAAACAUACACUAUGCUUGAAAAAGAGCACGGAAUCUCGAGAGGAGAUUUCCCAAAUCUGAAGCGUAUGCAAGAGCAACUGCAGUCCGAAGAUUUCACCAAAUUUCAUCAACUACGGCCGAAAUUGAUUGAAACUGUUGAUAAAAUGUUGGCAACAGAUAUUGCAAGGUUGAUGGAAAUGAUUCCACUAGAAGACCAAAACAUGCAGAAUGAGAGACCAAAUGUAGAAGGAGGUGCUUUUGAGGCUUACAAUGAGAGUCCAUUUGGGUUUGGACGAGGGGAAGGGACAGACGCUGGAAAGGGCGAACAUGAAUGGAUCGUUGGACAGGAUAAGUACAAAUAUGAUGACGUGUUUACUAAACUAAACCCAAUAAAUGGCAAAAUAACAGGCGCUGCAGCAAAAGCUGAAAUGGUAAAAUCCAAACUGCCAAAUUCUGUUCUUGGUAAGAUUUGGAAGUUAGCUGACGUGGAUAGAGAUGGACAGUUAGACACUGAUGAAUGGGCGUUAGCCAAUCAUCUGAUUCAAAUAAAAUUAGAAGGACAUGAUUUACCAAAUGAACUUCCAGAACACCUGGUACCGCCAUCAAAGAAAAAUGGCUUCGCCGAUUGAUAGAUUGUUUUUAUAUUAGAAAUAACAAAUUAAAAGUGAUGUCUACAAACCAUGGUUUCUGUGAUGACACACUAAAUGCUUUCAAAACAGGGAGUUACAAGUUGUUUUCAUUAAAUCAAUACAAUUAGUGAUAUACAGUAAAGUGUAGAUAUGUGUAUGGACUUCAUUUUUGUAUGUACAUGUAUUGUGUAGUUUGUUGGUGCAGAUGACUGUGCAAUCUCAGUAUGCUAAAUGGCUUAAAUAUCUGACACUUAGUAUCUUAUUUAUCUAGCAAAGGUUGUUUUUGUUUUUGGUUUGUUUUUUUUUAGGUUGGGGGUGUUUGAAAGGCGUUGGGGGGACAACAUCCUGUUUGAAAUAAUAAGAUAGCUAGUCUAUGUCAGAUAGAGGUAUAGUUGUAUUAAGUUUGAAAUGGAGAAACAAAAAGUGUUGGUUUUUUAUUUUUAUAUAUAUAUAUAUACAUCUUUAUGUCCAAAGAUAAUGAUUUAAUGCUUUUUUGUGGCUUAAAGAGGUGCUUUUGUUAAUUUGAGUUGGUUAGCUAAGGCUGUGUAUGUUAAAAAUAAAUUGUUUACAUGGAUUUCUACUUCAAAAUUUGAUAUAAAGUUGGCUUUUGUAAUGUAACUUCAUCAGCAGAAUUUUUCUGUGAGUUUUCUCAACACUGUUGGAAUUAUGUAUUUUUUCAAAAGUGUAUAAUUAUGAAAUAUUCACACUAAAGCUGUAACCAAGAAUAUGCUGUUUGAAGUAUGUACUUCCUCUGCUAAAUGGCCUAUCAUUAAUAUUGAUAUACAUGAAUAUAUGUAUAUUCACAAAGCUAUGAUAAUUAUCGUUUAUGGAGCAAAUUUUUUCUUCUUUUUUUUUUCUGCAAUUUGCAGAACUUUUUUCUGGAUUAUUCAAAGCACUUGUAUUAAGUAUAUUUUUUUCUCAUCCAAAAGUUUGACGCUUAUUCUUAAUUGGAACUUAAUUGGCGACAUCAACAAAAAAAUAGAAAAUUGUAUUGUGCAGUACUUUAUAUGAGAUAAUUUAUAUAUGUAUAUAUGUGAACUAUUGUAAAUAUAAUGUAGCUUACAUACAUUUAGUUUAAAUAAAAUGAGUGCAAUGUA